AUGGCAGUGCGGUUGAUAGCUGCGGCGAGUACAGCUGAGCGCAUGCCGCUCAUCGGUCCCGCUGUACCGCCUUUCUCGGUGCCAGACGUCGCCAGAUACAGGGCUACGGACAGGCCUCGGGUAUACUUCUUUUCUAUCUUCCUUGCGCGUUACGUGGACCUGGAAAUUGUUCUUGCGGUGCCGGGGAAUGUGUGGAACGAUGUAUCUAGACCCCAAUCAUGUGUCGCUUUUGGGGAAAAGAACCGCAUUUUGGGUGUCGCUGCCAAAAACCAGAUGACCACCAACAUGAAGAAUACUGUGCAUGGAUUCAAGCGACUAUUAGGCAGACACUUCAGGGACCCAAAAGUGCAGGCUGAAAUUGCUCCACUUCCUUACAAGACUGUUGAAUUACCAGAUAGAAGUGUUGGCAUUGCUGUACGAUACUUAAAUGAAGAACAGACAUUUUCAGCUUUACAAGUUACGUCGAUGCUUUUCACGAAGUUAAAGCUAACAGCAGAGCAAGCCCUUGGCAUCAAGGUUAACGAUGUCGUUAUUGGGGUUCCAUGCUACUUUACUGAUGCUGAGCGCCGUGCAGUUUUGGAAGCUGCAGUCAUCUCUGGCCUCAAUGUCCUCCGACUGAUGAAUGAGACCACUGCCACAGCCCUGGCUUACGGUAUCUAUAAGCAGGACCUUCCAGCACCUGAGGAGAAGCCAAGAAAUGUGGUCUUUGUAGACUGUGGUCAUUCAAAUCUUCAGGUGUCUGCAGUUGCAUUUAAUAAGGGAAAGCUCAAGAUGCUUGCAACAGCAGCUGAUUCUGAUCUUGGUGGAAGGCAGAUUGACCAUCUAUUAGCUACCUACUUUGCUAAUGACUUCAAGACUAGAUUCAAGGUAGAUGCAACAACCAGUCCCCGUGCAUGGGUCAGGCUCCUGACUGAAGUUGAGAAACUGAAAAAGCAAAUGUCAGCAAACUCUACAGAUCUUCCUAUUAACAUUGAGUGUUUCAUGGAUGAUAAGGAUGUUAGUGGUAAACUAAAUAGGACUGCCAUGGAGAGCAUGGCUGAGUCGCUGUUCAAUCGCGUUGAGAUCACGCUGCAGACAUGCCUGGCUGAUUCCAACCUUAGGCUAGAUGACAUCUAUGGGGUUGAAGUUGUCGGCGGAUCAACUCGUAUCCCAGCCAUUAAGCAGUUGAUUGAAAAAGUGUUCAGGAAAACGCCCUCGACUACACUCAACCAAGAUGAAGCAGUGGCAAGAGGAUGUGCACUGCAGUGUGCAAUGCUCUCCCCUGCUUUUAAGGUACGAGAAUUCUCAAUAACGGACGUGCAGCCGUACAGUAUUCGAUUAGUUUGGCAGGAUGAGUCUGGCCAGGAAGGCGAUAUGGAAGUGUUCCCAAAGAAUCAUCAGGUACCAUUCUCCAAGAUGCUGACCUUCUACCGACGGGAACCAUUCACACUUCAGGCUCAGUACACUGACCCUGCCUCUUUCCCAGAUCCUAUUAUUGGCAAUUAUACGAUACAGAAAAUAGCUCCAGGACCAGAGGGAGAGUGCCAAAAGAAAAUGGAUACUGACAAACCAGCAGAAGGAGCAGCACCAACAAAGAAUGAAGGUGGAGAGAAGAAGGUCAAGAAUGUCAUGAAAACUGUAGAGCUUCCCAUCAACGAGGUCAACAAGUCGCAUAGUGCCACUGAUAUGAACAACUUGGUGGAGAGAGAAGCUCAGAUGGUCCAGGCAGAUAAGCUAGAGAAUGAACGAAUUAAUGCUAAGAAUGCUGUGGAAGAAUAUGUGUAUGACAUUAGGGGUCGUAUUUAUGAAGAAUUGGAAAAGUAUAUUAGUGAAGGCGAUAGAGAGAAGUUAGGCCGUCUGUUGGAAGAUACCGAGAAUUGGCUCUACGAAGAUGGUGAAGACUGCAAGAAGCAAGUCUACUUGGAUAAAUUAACAGAACUAAAGAAACAUGGUGAGCCGAUCAAGGACAGGAAGCGAGAACGAGAAGAACUUCCCAGGGCGUUUGAAAGCCUAUUGAGUUCCAUUCAGCUGGCACGCAAGGCGACAGAACAGUUCCGUAAUGGAGAGGAGAAGUAUAGUCAUCUUGAAGCUGCUCAGGUGGAAAAGGUUGAGAAGGCAAUUACUGAGAAGCAAGAAUGGGUAGACAAAAAUAUGGGAGCAUCUGUAUCGACUCCUCUGCAUGUAAACUUGCCAAUUUCUGCCAAUCAGGUCAAGUCAGAGAAGGGAACCUUUGAAGCUUUGGUUAAUCCAAUUAUUAACAAGCCAAAGCCCAAACCAAAGGUGGAGGAGCCACCCCCAGCAGAGAAGAAAGAAGGAGAGGAGGACAAGAAUGCGGGAGAACAGACUAAUGGCCCCAAGAACAAUGAGCAGCAGCAGUCCAGUGAAAAGCCAACAGAACCAAUGGAUGUCGAUUAAUGCGAUAUCAUGGAUAUGGGAAGUUACAGGGAUUAGCUAAGGCUGCUCUUCUGCAGUAUAGCCUGAGAAGAAAUGUGUUGACGUCAAGACAUGGGAUUCCCUGAAUAAUGCUUUGUUUGUAAUGUUUUGUUUGAUAAGUUGCAGGGUUACCUUCCAUUUACGAACAGUAUAGCAUUGACAACAGCACCUAAUCUCAUAAUUUCAAAUCUUGGUCUUAAUCACCGCUUAAUUCUUAGUGUGAACAUAAGGUCAUACUAUGUCAAGUAGAGUAGAAAUUGCAGAUCAUGAAAUACCAAUUGAUUACGAUGUCAAUGUCAUGAGGGUAUGUACCACUGCUUGAACUGAAUUAGGCAUUGGCCUAGGGCUUCAUGUCCAGGUAUAGUUUUUUUUUUCUCUCUCUUUUUAUAUAUAUUUUUUUCCUCAAACUUUUUAUGUAUUGAGGGAUUCUGGUGAUACAAUGUGCCCCUGUCCAUAGUAACUGGUAGGUGUAGCAAUGACUUUAUAAAGUAUAGCACAUAGUUAAGUUAGUAGAGUGGAUGUCAUAGCAAUGACUAUGUCAGAAGAAGCAUUAUUAAUAUUUGUACAUAAUCAUACCCUCUGCUAGACAUAGAUCUCUAACUUCAUAUUGAAGUUUUUCUUCUUUUUUUGAGUCAGGAUCAAUUAAGUUGUCAGUCUACGGUAUCAGGCUUCUCAUGUAUUGCUGUAUGUGUAAAAUCAUCUCAUUGUCUGACUUGAAAGCUCAUGUUCUUCAAGCGAGAAAGAUUUAAACAAUAAGACUGUCCAGUAAAUCAUUGGAGUUUUAUUUCUUUGUUUUUGUCCAUGAGAUCAGUGAAGAUUUCCUCUUUUUUUUUUUUUUUUUUUUUUUUUUUUUUUCUUUCUUUUUUUUUCUUUUCUUUUUUUCCUUUUUUUUUACAUUUCCAGUUUUGUUUGAUACUUCAUAGGAUUUAUUUUACAGUGAUGUUGAAGUGGAAAAGUCCUGCUAGUAAAGAGCAUAUUAAUUUUCACGACACAAGUUAAAAGGAAAGAGAGAGUGAGUGAGUUACAAGGCCUCACUAAUCACUUGCUGUAAUCAUUCCACUGUAUCUGCUUCUGUGAAUGACUGUCUCAAAUAGUAAGGAUAAACCAACUUCAUCAACUGAGUCUCAUUACGACCUUUUCUUUCACCAGUGGUAGAUAGGGGGUUGGGAAAGUAACAUAAAACAUCUAUAAAAGCAGAGAAAAGAAGAGGGUGUAUAAGACGUGUCACCAGGAUUUGUUUCUUUAGUAAAGUGUUUGAUUUGUUGUUAUAAAGCUCCUUCUGUGCCAUCAGUUAUCAUGUCUAAAUUGAAUAGUAAAAUCUAAAUUAACUACAAUAUGGUUUUGAAUGGAAGUUAAGAUUUGGAGAGACGAAAUAGAAGAUGGUCUGCAAGUAUGACAAUACUACUAAACUUAAUAUGCUUGGUAUGUAAAAUAAAAAAUCAGGUAUAAACAUU